AUGGCGACCAACAAGAAGAAGAUUUUUGUGGGCUCCGUGUUCGAAUUCACCCAGCUAGGGUCGGACGAGGUCAUCCGCAACCUCAAGGACUCUUACCACGAUCCUGAAAAUGCUCCCUUCGUCACCUUCGAAAAUACCUGCCAGACGUUCUCCGCAGAGGUUGAUUCAGCUGACGAUGACACUCUUCAAGAGAUGUUGAGGGGGCUAUCUGCCUAUGUGGACUAUAAUGCCUCACGUCCACCAGCAUUUGACGAUGAACCCCGCAUGAGACCCAUGCAAGGUACUCAUAUGGACGAUUUUGUACAGGACAAUAAGUCGUCCGCGGCAGACCCUCUGAAUUUCUGGGCGGAUGACGAGUCUGAUGGGCAAGACGCGCUUGAAAGCUUGCAGCAUCUCACGGCUUUCUGGACUCCUCGAAAUGGCGACAUUAAAAUCUUACCUCCUCUGUAUGCUGAGCAGAUCACACUCCUGACUGGAACAACCAUCUUCUUUGAAGAGGCUGAGAAGAGAUGUCGUCUGUUUCAGGGUGAUUUUCGUUUGGCUCUUGACAAGCUCCUAAGACUUGAGCCGUUGCUGGAAAUCUUCAAGAAACAACAUUCCGAGCAGUCCCUCAUGGCCACUGCAAACCUGCUCAUCUGGCCUCCGAACCAAAAAGAUGCCCGAAUCGAGUACGUCAAUAUGCACCAAUCCCAUCCCUCAUACCGUCGCGUUAUCGUCAACAAAGCGGAGCAAUCCCUCUUUAGGAAAGUGAUUGGAGAACUCCGUCCAUACAAUGCCGACAUGGGGACGUUCGAAUAUCUUGGCAGAUUUGCUCUUGAUGGAGUCAACGCAACAGGCACGAUACAUGCGUCAAGAGUUUGGGAUGGCUAUGUUUUCGAAAGCUUCGGCGAUGCGAAGAACAUGGAGCCGGUCAUCACUUCAAACCCGGGUCCGAGGGCGACCAGUGAUCAAACUGCUAUGAACCAAGACUCGAGCGAGGCACGAAUUGCGGCCUGGACAAGCAAGGUUGUGAGUGGUGCAGAUCCGGAAAUUGCACCUGAGGCACCAGUCGAACCUACACAACCGACUACUCGCCGGAGAGUCCUGGUUGAUUCCGACGACGAGGAUGACGAGCCGCCUGCGGGUGCUGCAGCCGCAUCGAAGUCGACGAGGGGUGACGCAUUGGAGCAGGCAACUUUGGUCUCCUUGGUCUCUUCAGCAUCUCCCUCCAUGUCGCGGACCACAGGCGUGAACAACUCAAUCGCAGAGCCCGAUGCAGAACAAGACUUGAUAGAAGAUGAAGAGAAGUCCGUGCUAUCGAGCAAUACAAUGCUAAUGGCCCACAAGUUCCCAAUUCUCUCUGCGAUCUCAGUCCCCACUCAAGGCUGUGUCAACCGGAGUCAGCCGUACCCUGCCGAACAGUUGGAGUUCGAAACCGAAAGCAUGGCAGAAGAGCGCUUGGCGGGUUCUUCAACAGGGUUGGAGCUCGACGAUGAGCCUGCUGCCGCCGCACCAUCGAAGACAAGCACGACGACCGGCUUUCCUCCACUGCCUGAAUCCCUGCUCGACGGGCCAGCGUCACCUGCUCAGCGCAGACCCUCUUCCCUAGCAGCUUCCUCUAUGCAACAGCUCACAACACCGGGCAUAAGCAUACCUCCGCCACCUCGACAGACACCCGCGCACGCGCACGUCUCGGCGAGCCCACCUCUCUCCCGGCCAACGUUCGAUGCAAAUGCUUAUGGACAGACUCCAAAGCUCACACGCGGUCAAGGACGUGGUGAUCCUCGUCGAGGCAAAGCUUCUUCUGGGGGAAACAAUAUCCGAGGUAACACGUCUCGCGGCGUAAACCGUGGUCGUGGAACUGCUUCUCGCGGUGGCAACAAUAGUCGAGGCGGCGCAGCCCGUCCCGAUUCCAAUAAUCGCCAUGAAGCUGGACCGGUGCAGCUCCCAUCAAGUCUUCGACGUGGUGCUCGCCAGCAAGGCGACAAUGUGCGGGCAUUUGCACGAGCUAGCAGACCAGCCACAGGUCGUCGAGGUCGUGGAGGCCCGCGACAGGAAGAUCUUAUCGACGUUGCACUUGGGCCAUUAGAUACUAAUGCUAACGUACCUCGUGUUCCCCCCGGCUUCGAGUCUCAUGUGCCUCUUACGCGACGGAGUGAUGACUGGGCUCAUACUGAUAGGCCCAAUAUCAUGGAUGAGCCAAUCGACCGAAUGGCGGAUACAAUGAGCUCCAGUGAACUUCACAGCGUCGCUACACGCACCUCCGGAAGAUCAGGUUUUCGAUGGAGCGAGGAAGGCGCUGAUUACAGAGUCACAUCCCUUCCAACACCUAAUCGAGCUGGCAUCAGACAAAACAGCAUUGCCGAGGCUAUGGCUGCGAUCGAGGCCGAGACUCGUAGAAAGCAGGCAGGUCAGCAACAUCAACAGAAACAGGAUUCGCCGAACAAGAAGGCCUCGGAGGAAAAGAUGCCGCCAAUUCAUCCCACGAUGCAUCAGCAAGGCAAGAACCCUGGCAAGAAGUCUGUCCAACCACAGGAAACCAAGGCUGAGAGACAAGCAAGACUGGAGAAGGCCAAACUCGAUGCAUAUGGACCCGCCCCUGUUAAACAGGCGCCCAAGCCAAAGGCGAGUCCGGAACCCGGACAGAUGAGCAAGUGGAAGCGGCAGCAGAUCGCCAAAGAGAAGAACUCAGCCCUAACAGAAGCACAUCCUGGAAUAAUGGAGGACAAGGCACGGGAUGAGCAAACCAGCAAGCUUAUUGGCUUUUUGCAGCCAGUCUUCGAGGCAGGCCGGGCUUUCAAUGGUCGAUUGAGCUUCGAGAUCUCGUUUGGUCAAGUAUUAGUCUCUCCUGGGCCUCGGUUUCAAGACAUUAAGACCUACGAUAUGUCUGGCUGGCAUUCGCUCUUUGAUUCGAAAAUUGGGGUUCUCCCUUCUUCAACCACAUUUACCAAGAUUUUGACGACGAAUGGUGCGGAUGUCGAUCGCGUCCUGGAUCUAAAAGCUAACACUGAGACCGAGAUCACGACCCUUUGGAGUCGACAUCCAGGCCCGCAUUCUGUCAGCUAUGAAUUUUCUUGUAAGAGUCGGUCUAACGAGGACUUUCUGAUUAUUGUCGAUCAAUCCGGCAAGCAUGAACUACGAAAGGGCCUCAUUACAGUGGGUAUGAUCAACAUUCAUAUACCUGAGUGCAUAUGGGAUGCUUCUGCCACCCUGUCAGGUCAUCUAAACUGGCCUGACCCACCAAAGUCUCUGACCAACAGCGCCUCCGCAUUCGUGGACUCGCUGUACAUCGUCCCGGACAAGGAGAAAUUGAGAAUUGUCUUCCGCCAGCCGACCGAUCACGAAAUCAAGAUUAGGAAUCUGAUCGUGAAACGUAUUAGCUUCCACGAUUCCAACCUCCCAGACUGUGAGGACGUCCAGCUCAAGGUUGUCGAGGCGAAGAGUCUCUUCUUCAAGCACCACCCUCAGGACAUGAAUCUCUGGCAGGGCUAUGAAGCUGCGACGGAAGAUUAUACCGGCGUGGCUCGGGAGGGACGAGUUCAUUAUGAGCUCUCGAUAGUGCACAAAAAGAUUAACCAUGCCCUUGUUGAGAACGAGACAUUGGAGAUCGGGGAGCUCACGUCGGAAGAAAUGACAGGCAAGAACCUUCUCAAGAAGCCAGUCAUUCGGUCCUUGCUCGAUGUCGCAACUCGCAUGGUCGGUAAAAUCGACUUCAUCGGCAUGCACAAUCUUGGGACGCUGAUGCAACUCGAAAUCCUGGAUGCCCAGCGUCAUCGAGACAUCACCGCUACAAUGGGUCCGGCGGGCAAAACCAUACUGGGCCAAUCGACGAUGAUGCCGAGUGCGUCUACAACAGCGAGAGGCCAUCAACCCAGCGCGAGAGGGUCGUCAUUACCUGGUGCCAACAGUCGUGUUUGGCAGGAACCCGUGCACGGCAUCAGAACGGAUACGGUCGCGCCUAUCAUCGUGGAUCCGGAUGGGUCGAAGUGGCGUUUGGGCAUGGGCGGUGCAAGAGUCCCGGUCGUCGACGAUGAGCCACAGUUUGGUAAUUCGACCGUCAUGCCGGAUGACAGUGCCAGUCAAGCUGGCGGAUUGGCCAUGGGACCCGGCUCAAGGAUGCCCAGUGCCCGUCUGGCCGCCAUCAAGGAGCAAGGGUUCUGGUGAAGAAGAAGAUGCCAUGGCACCCUGCUGGGAGUCUGGUCUAGAAUGGUGCGAGCCGGCAGUUGCAGACUCUGGGGUUUUAUCCCCUUGAAAGCUGACAGAUACGACAAGGCAUGGUGUGUGCCGUAUGAGUGAACGAUUGUAUGAACAAAAAUGGCAGUCUUGGGAUUUUCGGGGUACGAUAGAUGACAAGCACUUGGGACGGGACAUCGUGACGAAGACGGUGCUGCGCACCCACACAUGCAUGCGUCCAUGAUGAGCUUCUGAUGGAGAUACGACUAUGACCUACACAGGACUCAGCACAGGUCAUGUACUAUCAAAAAAUGGCGACGAGACACUGUUCUCAGGUACGUCGUGGGCUGAUGGAUGUACGAUUCAGCGCAGACAGGUGACAAGUGACAAGUGAAUGUCAGACUGGGGCAAUGGAGACAACGAAAAGGGGAUAGUUAAGCUCAUCAAGUAUGUACGAGUACCAAG